CUGGGCAGCACAGAUACCAUCACAUCGAAAAGCAGCAAAAUUCUGUUGGUAAACAUACGCAAGGAGAAGUCGAAGUCUGGCGAAUUAAUGCGCCAGCAUGCAAGUGCAACCAGUUGAUUGCUAUUCCCUGGAUACAGUGAACCUGGCGGAACCCUUCUGAAUGGAUUUACAGCCGCUUCGCAGUGUAGAGCUAGAAACGAGCACCUGCAGUUGCUGUUGAGUCAUCAGCAUUUAGCCAAAUAGCCAAAAAACAAGGCCAACAGUCGUUAGAACCACCCAACUUGCUGACCAGGUAGCCCCAGAGGCAGCCCUAGGUGAGCCACAGAGCGCGCGCAUACACACACGCACACCACCCAGUGUCCCAAAACUCCCAGAAAACCAACCCAUUUCGGCACUAGCCCCAAUGGAGGACUACAAGUUCCUGUUCAAAAUCGUCCUGGUGGGCAAUGCGGGCGUGGGAAAGACCUGCCUGGUGCGCCGCUUCACCCAGGGGCUGUUUCCACCCGGCCAGGGUGCCACCAUCGGCGUGGACUUCAUGAUCAAGACGGUGGAGGUGGAGGGCGAGAAGAUCAAGCUGCAGAUCUGGGACACCGCUGGCCAGGAGCGCUUUCGCUCCAUCACGCAGAGCUACUAUCGAUCGGCCCACGCUCUGAUCCUGGUCUACGACAUCAGCUGCCAACCCACGUUCGACUGCCUGCCCGAUUGGCUGCGCGAGAUCCAGGAGUAUGCCAACUCCAAGGUGCUCAAGAUUCUGGUGGGGAACAAGACGGACCGCGAUGACCGCGAGAUACCCACGCAGAUUGGCGAGGAGUUCGCCAAACAGCACGACAUGUACUUCCUGGAGACGUCCGCCAAGGAGGCGGAGAAUGUGGAGCGGCUGUUCUACGAGAUAGCCGCCGAGCUGAUUGGACAGGCCAGGAGCAAGGAUGGCAGUAGUUCGGCUGCGGCGGCGGCCGCCCAGCGCCAGUCGGAGGGCAGCUCCAUUGGGCUGGGGACCUUCAGCGCCAAGGCAGCGCAGAGCAAUUGCUGCGGCGGGCACUCCAGCGGCGGCGGCAGCACCAACUCUAGUCAAGUGGGCUGAGCUGCAAACUGAACUGGACACUGAGCAGCUACUCUAUAAAUAGUUAAGGACUAAUCGUGAUAUUUCAAUGAUUUUUACCAUCAAGCUCCCCUAUUCUAACAUCUCUUCAUUUGUUAUACGACCUUGUUUACCGAUUAUCACUAUUAGCAUCUACUCCUAAGGCGAAUACGAAGCUGCAGUUCUGCGUGGAGCGUCUAAUCGUGGAUGAUUUAUAACUUUAACUUGAUAAAUAUCUUUACUUUCGAUAACUUUACAGGAAAAGUAUUUAAAACUAUUUUUAGAUUUGACUAAACUACAAUAAUAACAAAUAGACCAAAUUAUAUAAGUUAACCAAGAAACACGGUUAGGAUACACUUAUAAUGGCAAACAGAACUGGAAACCGAGCAGCUAAUCUAUAAAUAGUUAAACACUUACCGUGAUAUUCUGUUAAUCCUUUUCAAUGUAUUGUUUUUUUUUUUUAAUUUAAACCACAAGCUCCUUCAACUUUAAUUAUUUUCCUAUUAUUUAUAAAGCCAAACUAUGAUAAUGCUUACAAUUUACUGAUCGUCCUAGAAUUCUUUUUAGCUACCCCCAAAUGUUUAGUGCCCCAAUUAUCACGAUUAAUAACUACUCCAAAACUAGCUGUCAAUGACUAAGGAUGCUAAAUAUUUGUGUUAUAAGCGCCUAAUUUUAUUGAUUCGUAUUAUGUUACCGUAUUGAUCCAAUUUUGGAUCGUUUACCACGUGAGCAUCACAAUCGCAGCCAAAUGCUGCGAGGAAUUUAUGAUAUCAAUAAUGCACAGAAUUCUGUUUAUUUUGAUUGUUUCCUAAGAAGUAUUGCAUAUAUCAUGCAUUGAAAUUUUUGUAUACAUUUACAAUUUAUGCGUAUUUAUUUGCAAUUAUGUUUAAAUAUUUUUAUGAUUAAUGUGCAAUCAUUUUUAACGCAAUUUUUAAAAGGUACUCGUACUAGUGUUUAAGGUAAUUUCAUGACAUUCCAAAAAUUAAGAAGUAGUAACUGUAUGGAUAGACCAGAAAACUGAAUAAAAGAAAUAAACUAAAAA